AUGCCCAAAUACAAACCAAAAGAAAGCAAACUUGAAGUCAGCCCACAGUGGGUUGCUCCGAGAACUGCCAUGACCCAUGCUGACCAUCCAGUAGGCUUGUACCUCCUCCAAGUUGACCCUUCCAUGUGGUCAUGGCUCCAGGACGGGCUAGGGAAGACACCAGGACCCAUCAAUACUUCUCAAACUUACCUGCGAACCCUUGUCCUAGAACGUUGGGAUGCAGAGAUUAGGCAUUGUGAUGAGGCAUGCAAAGUGCAGCUCUCUGACCGCAUCCAAGGGCCUGUGACUCACCAAUCAUAUGUCCGAGAGUUGAUAGUUAGGCUCUGGAACACGGAGAAGCAGCGGCGCCAAGAAGCACGCAAAGUUCAACUAUUGGAACUCCUACUUGCAGCUCAUGGUAUUACUACCCUAGUUUAG